UUUUGCGAGUAACAAUCAGGUUUGAAAAAAAAGCUCUAAAAUUAGAAGGGUUUUGACUGGCACCAAAAAGAUUUAUAUUCUCACAUCCCUGAGUUUUGAUGUCUUGAUCGAUGAAAAUGCGUUUUUUUUCCAAAUUAGGAAUCUAACGAGAGGAUUUGACUUCUGUCCGUAUAUAAAAUUUCCUCGGACAAAUAAACCGUCAACACUUUUGUACGGAGUUUACGAGGAAUAAAGUGUUGGAAUUAAGAGCAGAAAGAAAGAAGACGUUGGAGGCAAUUGGAGAAUUAUUAUUUCGGACGGUAUAUAGAUAUUGAAAUUUUAUUGGAGCGGUAUUUACGACGAAUCAUCAAGAAGAAAUGGGAAGGUUAGAGCGCUUGGUUUAUUGAAUGAGUUUUUAUUUUUGUUCAGAUAACGAAUUCCAUUAUAUUUCAUUCCGAGUUGUAUUACUCUUCCGAGCGAAAAAUUUGUGAAGGCAGAGGGUUUGCUGGAUGAUUUUGUUAAAGUCAGGUUGUACGCGGGAUAAAUUUGCUAAUGCAGCUUUUUGUUUUGGAUAUAGAUAUAAAGGAAGGGGGUUUUCUUGAAUAAUUUUGUAAAUGAAGGUGUUCGAUGGUAAAAUUUUCAAAUGCAAGGGGUUUGCUUGUUAAAUAACUUUGAUGGAUAAUUGAUUUGAUUAAAACGGGGUUUGCUGAAUAAUUAAUCUUGCGAAGGCAAGGGGUGGCUUUCUGGAUAAAUAAUUUUGCAAAGGGAGUGGGUUUGCUGCGUCAUUGGGAUGAUAGUGUUUUGUAUUUGGGGAUUGGAUUUCAAGCAUUGGAUGACAAGUGUGGUUCAGGGCUGUAACUGGGAUUUAUAGCGGCCACGACUCCAAUUGGUGGAGUUUACUUUUUUUUUUUAAUUUGAGGUUUUUGUUUUUUUGACAGGUGAUGAGAAGUGUGCACGACGCCAAUUGGUGGAGUUUGCUUUUUUUUUUAAUUUGAGGUUUUUUUUUGACAGAUUUUCGACAGGUGAUGAGAAGUGUGGUUCAGGGUUGUGAUUGGAGCUCACUGUGGCCAUAAUGCUAAUUGGUGGAGUUUUCAUUUUCGAAUUUGUAGUUCGCUGUUUUAUUGACAGUAAAAUCUGAAGGUGCAUAGGGACAGCUGAUCAGUUGUAAGGAUUUCUAUAGACAAUUUCCUGUAGCUACAACAAGGUUUCAGACUGCUGUAGCUAUUGUAACUUGGAGUGUCUCACUUGGAUGCAAUCUCUGUAAUAUGGCAAGAGUCCUUGGAUCGGCGUGAAUUAAUGCUCUUUGCACGUGGUUAUCUGCUGCACUAUAUUUUGAGAUAGCUACGUUCUGGGAAUUAUGGUUUUAAAUUAUAGAAACGGAUUUCUUUCUGAUUAAUAAAUCAGAUAUUCUUUGUAACGAAGAUUUUUUUCACUUUGCAGUUUCUGUUUUGAUGAGAACAUCUGUUGAGCUUGAGUAAUCAUUCAUCAGCUGUUUUCAAAUUACAUUUUCAAUAUUACCAUGACUAUUUUUGAAACUGAUAGUAAAUCUCAACAAAUGGGUGGUCAAAGAGAAAAAUUUGUAAGGUUUUACAGUGAUUUGGAGUCUGAGAAAUCUCUGCAUUCAGAGAGGGGUAGACUUAGUAACUAUGGUUCAGAGAGAGGCAGAUUUAGUAACUAUGGUUUAAGAUCUGAAGAUUUGGACAGAUCAUCAAGCUCUAUAUCAAGCUCUGUGAAAAGAGGACUGGAGAAAAGCUCACAGGGAUUGAAGAAUAUUGGUCGGUCAUUGCGAAUGGGAGUUUCAAGGGUAGUCUUUCCAGAGGAUCUUAAAUUGUCAGAGAAGAAAAUAUUUGAUCCUCAAGAUAAGUUCCUGCAGAGGUGGAACAGAUUUUUGGUCAUAUCAUGUAUCAUUGCAGUAUCUGUGGAUCCUUUGUUUUUUUAUUUGCCUGUUGUUGAUGAUGAAUCUAGAUGCAUGGGUAUAGAUAAAAAAUUGGCAAUUGUUGUUACUGUUCUACGGUCUCUCACAGAUAUCUUGUAUUUAGUACAUAUGGCUCUUCAGUUCCGAACAGCUUUCAUAGCUCCUUCAUCUAGGGUGUUUGGGAGAGGAGAGCUUGUUAUUGAUCCAAUACAAAUUGCAAAGCGGUACCUGUCAACAUACUUCAUCAUUGACUUCCUUGCUGUGUUACCUCUUCCUCAGGCAAUUAUCUGGAUAUUCAUCCCAAAAAUGAGAGGAUCAGCUGCAUUGAAUACCAAGAACGCUUUACGAUUUGUUGUCUUUUUCCAGUAUUUCCCAAGAUUCUUCCGUAUAUAUCCACUUUCCUCAGAGGUGAUAAGGACAGCUGGAGUAUUUACUGAAACAGCAUGGGCAGGGGCUGCUUACAACUUACUUCUGUACAUUCUUGCAAGUCAUGUCCUUGGUGCUUGCUGGUAUUUACUUGCAGUGGAGCGGGAAGAUGGAUGUUGGCGAAAAGCAUGCAGGCAUAAUAAUAGCUGUAAACUAGAAUAUUUAUAUUGUGGAAAUCAAGGUAAACCUGGCUUCAGCUCCUGGCUUCAGGUUAGCAAACAAGUGUUUGAUUCUGAAUGUCCUGUGACUGGUGACGAUGAUGCACCAUUUGACUUUGGAAUAUACACACUUGCUCUGAAAAUGAGGAUUGUUGCAUCAAGGAAUUUUGUGGAGAAAUAUUUCUAUUGCUUAAUGUGGGGUCUGCAAAACCUAAGCACGCUUGGCCAGGGUUUGCAAACCAGCAAGUUCAUAGGAGAGGUUAUUUUCUCAAUAGCCGUUGCAAUCUUUGGGCUCAUAUUAUUAGCUCUUCUUAUCGGUAACAUGCAGACCUAUCUGCAAUCUUUGACUAUCAGGCUGGAAGAAAUGAGAGUAAAGAGGAGUGAUACAGAGCAAUGGAUGCGCCAUCGCUUGCUCCCUGAUGACCUUAGGCAUCGUGUACGUCGCUAUGACCAAUACAAAUGGCUUGAAACCAGAGGUGUUGAUGAAGAGCAUAUAAUUCAGAGCCUUCCAAAAGAUCUCAGUCGCGACAUCAAGCGGCAUCUCUGUUUGGGCUUAGUCAAACGUGUACCAUUGUUUGAGAAUAUGGAUGAUCGUUUGUUGGAUGCAAUGUGUGAGCGUCUUAAGCCAUCCCUUUAUACUGAAGAUACAUACAUUGUACGAGAAGGAGAUCCUGUUGAUGAGAUGCUUUUUAUUAUUCGGGGCCAUUUAGAGAGUGUGACAACAAAUGGAGGACGAACUGGAUUUUUCAAUCGUGGUCUUCUCAAACAAGGAGAUUUCUGUGGGGAGGAACUACUAACUUGGGCUUUGGAUCCCAAGGCAGGUGUGAACCUUCCAUCAUCAACAAGAACAGUGAAAGCAUUGUCAGAGGUAGAGGCAUUUGCUUUAAGAGCAGAGGAUUUAAAAUUUGUUGCUAGCCAGUUCAGGCGCCUGCACAGCAGACAGGUUCAACACACCUUUCGCUUCUACUCCCAGCAGUGGAGAACAUGGGCUGCUUGUUUCAUUCAAGCAGCCUGGCGCCGUUACUGUAAAAGAAAGGAAGCUGAAUUUCUUCUCAAGGAGGAGCACAAAUUGCACACUGCGAUGGUAGCAAACAAUGCCACUGUUUCCCCCAGUUUUGGAGCAACUAUUUAUGUAUCCCGUUUUGCUACAAAUGCUCUUCGUCGUGUGCAAAAGAUGCGUAAUAUGAAGUUGUCAGAACGGACGACACAAUUAAUUAAACUCCAAAAACCAUCAGAGCCUGAUUUUAGUGCUGAAGAUCCAGAAUAAGUUUUGUAGUAACAUUUGUCGUCUUACUAUGUGGUCAAAGAUUUUUCCUUUGUGCAGAUAUAAAACAAAUCUCAUCUAGUUAGUGAGCAUUUGAACUGAAUGUGUAUCUCUUAUUCACAAAACUUUACAAGAGGUGUUCAACUGGAGGGAAAUGGUUUUUUAUUGUAAAUCAAUUUUCAAGUUGUGAUUCUGUACAGUAUGGCAGUCAAUGUGCUUUCUUUCUUGUAAUCGAGAUUUUAAGAUCAAUCCUAUGCAUAUUAAUUUCAA